AUGACGGAUCUACCACAUUUCCAUUCGACGGGAAAUAACUGGGACGAGGAGGAGGAUUUGGUGUUUCUGGAGGAAGAGGACAUUAGGAGUGGUUUACAGAGUGGUGAACGGAGAGGAAGAAGGGCUCGCCGGACUAUGGCUAAGAUUUGGGCAACAAAAGGCCAGCCACUACCUCCCUCCAUCCUAAGAAAAAUUAGACCAAAACUGCCUCCUAAUAUUCUUUCUAAGAACACUAGGUUUAGGAUCAACACUAAAGACUUGACAUGGACCAAGUUCUUUUCCUAA